AUGCUUUUGUCUUCAUCCGUGGCUCAUUUAUUUGGAUGUAAAUCCAAGAUGUAUCGGAAUGUAUGUUUUAUGAUUGAUUAUCAUGUAACCAAACUGUACAGUGAUUUAUCAAACUAUUUGUUGAUGUAUUGUCUGACACUCACCACGGUGUUCUUUUUUGUGUCAAAAAUUCCUGAACGAUUUUCACCAGGCAAGUUUGAUUACUUAUUUCAUAGCCAUCAAUUGUUCCAUGUGACAGUAAAAAGUGACUGA